AUGAGCGUCAUAUUAAAAUAUACUCAUGAUCUAGGUAUUGUGAUUCAGUCUGGAGAAGACAGCUGGCGUCUCAGCUGUGAGCUGCUGCAGCGCAGGCUGACAUCUAACCACGUGACUCUGUUCUGGAAAGCUUUCGCAGACACCCUGGACCCUUUACCCAGGAAACAAGAGGUUUCGAAAUCAGCGCGGGUCUGCGGACGGCGAGAAAGAGUAGCUCGCCGCCCGACCAGAACUAGACCCGAGCGUACAGCGCGUAGCGUUCCGCGCGCGCCUCAUAGAGCCAAUAGACCACCACAGACGGGGCCCCAUAGGGCUGAUGUUCAGCUGGGAUUAAUAUCUGCCGAGCAGGACCGUGUUAUGAGCCUUCGUGAAUGA